CCUCGCUUCAGUGUGUGAACGCGUCGAUGCAGCGAAAGAGACGCGUUUUCGAGGCGGCCUUUUUCGUCCUGUUUUCCACGUCUCGCCUCUCCGCAUUUUCUCUUGUCCGCGUCUCGCGUCGUCUAAGUGCGCCUCUCUGUCUCUGUCUCUUUUCGCCGACUUUGUUGUCUUCGGACUCGCAGACUCUGUCCCCUCCCCAGGCCUCGCUCUACUUUAUCUCCGUUUUUCUGUGCGUUUUCUUUCGGUUCCAUCGCCUCUGAUCGUGCGUCGUCUCGACCGCGGAACUCUGCUGCUCGCUGUCUUCUGGACUUCUCUCCCGACUCUUCUCCGCUCGACCUCGUGUCUCGCCUGCGUACAAGUGCUCAUCAAUGCGGCCUCUCGGAAGUUUUCUUCCUUCUUUCGUCCACUUCGACUGGACAUUCUGUCGCGGCUUGCCUCUCGCAGAAAAUCUGCCCGUCUCCAAGGUCACGCUUCGCAGGCUGGAACCUCCUUUCGCGUCUUCUCUCGCCGUCUACUCGCCUUCUGCUCUGAGUCUGUCCUCCCCUCCUUUCUGUCUCAUUCUUCCUGCGUCACUCUCUGGCUCUUCUGCUUUUUCUUCUUCUCGCUCUCGACCAGGCCCUCAGCCUUCGCCGGCUGCUGCCGGAGCGCGGACGCGCAACUCUCAAAGAACGUCCACGAUGUCUGUUCACAGAGCAGUGAACUCAGCACAGGGAGAAGAGGAAACUGAGGGACCUCAUCGAGAAACUACAACAGAACUCAACUCAUCCGCUGCUUCUCUCUCCUCCUCUCCUUCGUCUGCUCCUUCUUGCUCGGUUUCUACUUCAGCUAUGCUGCAACGCGCCUCUGAUUCGUCCUCUUCCGGCGCUCCGCCUGUCGAUUUGAAUCCUUCUCGUGAGACUCGCGAGACGGAGGAGGACGGGGAGGGAGAACUCGAACGGAGAACAGAAGGACCGAAGCGAAAGGCGCCUUUGAGCAUCGUCACCUGGAAUGUGAACAGCAUCGCAGCGCGAAUUCGAGACAGCCGCCAGUGGUUCUACUUCUCGCGUUUUCUUCAAAAGAUCGAUCCAGACAUUCUUUGUCUCCAAGAAGUCAAACUCGCGGCUCAUGGCCCCCCGGGCGCAAAGAGAGGCGACGGCAUGCCGCGAGACCAUGGAAGAAUAAAGGACUCGGACAAAGUCAGUAGCGUGGAAGCGCGAGAACUUCGCGAGGCACUCCAUACUCUGCUUCCCAACCACAGUCUCCUCAUCUCGCUGGCAGACUGGAGAUAUAGCGGACAAAUGAUGUUCAUCAGAAAGGAUGUCCAGGUUUGCUCCCUGCGCUACAACCUGUCCCUCGACGGCUGCCCCGCGCAUGAACAUGAUUUCGAAGGGCGCGUCAUUCUGGCGGAAUUCGAGGCCUUUUGUGUUCUUACCACGUACAGUCCCAACAACGGCGCAACACCGAAGUCGUUCGAGAGACGGCGGCUCUGGGAUGAACGCAUGCUGCAGUUCGUUACUCAAUUGAAGAAGCCGCUGGUGUGGGUCGGAGAUCUGAACUGCGCCCCAGAGGAUAUCGACCUCUCGGAUCCGGAUCAGUUUCGCUCGGUCAUCCACGAAACCGCAGACGGCACCAUUGAUCCGGACAACAUUGGACAAGCCGGGUGCACAGAUGCCGAGCGGCGGCGUUUUCGGGCCAUUCUCGAGAGGGGGAACCUCGUCGAUGCCUUUCGAGAACUGCACCCGCGAACGGAGCCCCCUCCCCUGGAGAGCGCCGAGUACUCUUGGCGUGGCUUCGGAGGGUCCGGGUCCCGGGGUCUGCUGAGAGGUUUGGGAAUGCGACUCGACCAUAUCGUGUUGACGGAGACGCUGAUGCCCGCAGUGGAACUCGUGAGAAUUUGCGGAGCUGGAAAGUCAAAGGCGAAUUUUUUUGGAUCUGAUCACUGCCCGGUUCUCGUUCUUUUCAAAGAAAAAGAAAUAUCGGCGUUACCUGCGGUCGUUUGCGAGGCACUGCGCUCCUCUGCUCCUGCGCCAGCUGCGAAGAAGCGGCAGGACGAUUGCCGGUUAGAUUCUUUCUUCGCGGUGAAGCGUCGAGCGCAAUUGCCAGGUGCAGCGGACCAGAAAAGGAAGAAGCCGGAGGAAGUUGUCAUCUCUGAUUCGUCAGACGAGGAGCGGAAAACAAGCCAGAAGAUCGCGCUGCAUGCAAGCCUCGAGAAACCGCGAAACGUCCAGGCCUCCAGUUGAAGAGGAACUGAGCGUCUCGAGGAAACGGAAUACUCGGAGUUGGACGACUGGUGUAACUGUCGAAGGUCUGCAAAACAGGACAGAGACACACAAAGCUGGCGGGGGUGAGAAGAGAGAUGGUGGUACGGGGGAAGAAGAAAACGAAUCGAAGAAAGGGAAGCGGCAGAAGCUCUCGGGGCGAGGGAGGCACGUGAGGCCUUCAAAGCGGACAGAAAAAGUGAGAGAGGGUGACGAGGGAAUCUGAAGUAUUUAAAAGACUGGGCAACGAGAAUGUCGAGGUCAAACAAAGAAGUUGUCCAAGUCCAAUCUGUCUUUGCGUCUAUUUUGUCGCAAGAGGAAACACAAAUGGUUCGCAGAGAAGUGGAAUCCCUCUCUGCUUAUUACGCCAAGCAUUCACAAAGCCCAUCCGCGCUUGUAGUCUACAUGUAACGACUUUGUGAGCUUCUGGUCCCCGCCCACCUCAGUCGCGGUCAGUCUGCGGACCUCUGAGUUGUGCGCAUGCGCAUUUGUAUGUUUCAAACUUAGACAUUAG